AUGCCUCCCCGCGCCCACUCCAAGACCUCUCGUGUCCCCCGCCGACCCUUCGAGUCUGCCCGACUUGACUCCGAGCUUAAGCUCGUCGGCGAGUAUGGCCUGCGCAAUAAGCGUGAGGUCUGGCGAGUCGGUCUGACUCUGUCCAAGAUCCGUCGUGCUGCCCGUCAGCUCCUUACCCUCGACGAGAAGGACCCCAAGCGUCUCUUCGAAGGCAAUGCCCUCAUUCGACGUCUCGUCCGUGUCGGUGUUCUCGACGAGUCCCGCAUGAAGCUGGAUUACGUCCUGGCCCUCAAGAUCGAGGAUUUCCUUGAGCGUCGUCUCCAGACCUGUGUCUGGAAGCUCGGUCUCGCCAAGUCUAUCCACCACGCCCGUGUCCUCAUCCGCCAGCGUCACAUCCGAGUCGGAAAGCAGAUCGUCAACGUUCCUUCUUUCAUCGUCCGUCUCGACUCCCAGAAGCACAUCGACUUCGCUCUUACCUCGCCCUUCGGUGGUGGCCGUCCCGGCCGUGUCCGCAGAAAGAAGGCCAAGGCCGCCGAGGGCGGUGAGGGUGGCGAGGACGAGGAGGACGAGGAGUAA